GCUCUCUCCCGCAUGCUAUCUUUUUUCUUUUGCUCCAUAAGUUUCAAAGCAGAUUUUAUUUCUCUAUCUUUCUUUUGCUUCUCGUCUGAAACCGAAGGAGUCUGGGAAGAAACACAGCUGAGAAAAUUUGUAAACAAGAGUAGGGGUAAACUCUUUGAUCGGGUGAAGUUGAAAUAUGGAAGAUAGGGGGGAGAGAAUGACUAACACAGCUGAAGUUUGCCUUGUCUUCUUAUUUGGGUUAUGAAUUUCAUUUUAUGGAUUGGUUCUUUGUUAAAGUUAUGACUGAAGUUUUAUGUGAAAGUUGAAUUAGAUUUUAUGGAAAACAGACGAGAAAAGAUGGUUAAUGCAGCAGAAGGUGAGCAAUUCAAAAGGAAAGAGAGUGAUCCUUCUCUGAAACCAAACGAUCUUGAUACAAUGGUUUCAAGGGGAAUUUUUACGUCGGGAAACAAUUGGUUGGAAAAUAUUCCUCAGCCGUUUACUGAUCAUGCUGGUGAUAGAGAUACGAUCUCUAUAGCUGGGUCUGAAAUCCCAUAUACUAGCUUGUACCCUGUGAAUGAUGCUGGCGUAAUGGUUGAAGAAUUGACCCUUAAAAAAUAUAAAAGUUCACAGUUAUCAGUCGUUGGGGGCUCACAUGGUAUGGAAGGAACUCAAAGUAGGGCGAGAAGUAGCUCAAAUGUCAUGGAAAGAACUCAAAGUAGGCCUAGAAGUUGGCAAUACUUAUACCAGCUUUCAGGUGGGUCUAGAAAUGGGAGAAUGGAUAGAGUUUGUAUGUCCAAGGAUAAGGAGCCAGUUAUGUUGAGUGGUGUAGAGGAUGUCGGAAAUGGAUUUUGGGUUCGAACUCCACAAUUCCUUACACAAUCAAAUCAAGGUGAAGCGGAGAUCUCUGGACAUUUAAUAAAUAAAGAAAAGAAAAUGGUUUCGAACUGUCAGUUGACCGUAAGAGGGGAGGUCGAAAAGGAGAAGGAGCUUUCGAGCAGAUAUCUAGAACCUUAUGACUGUGGGUAUGCUGUUGGCAUCAAAGACCAGGAGAAGGAAGAUGGAGCUUGUGUUAUUGAAAAGUCUUCUGAUGUGUCACUAAAUUUAAGAGCAAAAACCAGUGAUCCGGCCUUGAAGUCUUCUGAUGCGUCACUAACAUCUUCUGCUGCUCAUGGUAUGGUUCAUGACGGAAUCAGCUUAAGAGAUUGGUUGAAGCACGGGAAGUGGAAAAGUAAUAAAUCUGAGAGCUUGAAUAUAUUUAAACAGAUUGUAGAGCUGGUGGAUUUGGCACACAGUCAGCAAGUUCCCUUGGAUGUUCGACCAUCCAGUUUCAUGAUUUUUCCAUCACAUCAAGUGAAAUAUGCCGGUGCUAUCGCCAGGAGAGAUUGGUUGGAUAGCAUAGUGAAUCAGGGUAAACCCUCCUCCGAGAAUCAUUCGAGUAGAAAACGAUACUUGGAAUGUGCACAUUACAACAGUAGUGCAAUCUCAAAGAGUCAAAAAGGAAGCAAGAGCAUUAAAUUUGGUCAGCCGCAUCCCCUAUUACCUGUUGGAUAUGUCUUUAAAUCUGAAACAGAUAAAGAGGUGGAUAUCAGUUCUGGGACACAAGAAUAUGGGUCUCAUACAGGAGAAAAAAGUAAACUCCCAAUAAGAACUCAGGAUAAGAGUGUCAGUACAAGUGUAUCUUAUACGGCUCCGCAGCAGUUGACCUCGCCAAACUUUCAAUUGGAAGAGAAGUGGUAUGCUAGUCCGGAGGAGCUCCAUGGUAGCAGGCCGACAUUGUUGUCAAACAUCUACAGUCUUGGGGUUCUUCUGUUUGAGCUGCUUUGUUGGUUCGAGUCUUCAGAAGUGCAUGCUGCUGCAAUGUUGGAUCUACGCCAUCGGAUUCUUCCUCCAAAAUUUCUGUCAGAAAGUCCCAAAGUGGCUGGCUCCUGUCUCUGGCUCCUUCAUCCAGAACCUUCCUCACGACCAACAACAAGGGUAAUACUACAUUCUGAACUAAUAUUCGAGUUUGAAGACUUGUCGUCUAAAUGUCACUCACCGUCAUCUUUUGAUGAAGAUGACGUUGAAUCGGAUCUACUGUUGCAUUUUCUCGCAACACUGAAGGAGGAAAAGGUGAAGCAGGCAUCUAAAUUAGUUGAAGAGAUUGGGUGCUUAGAAGCAGAUUUCAAGGAAGUUGAGAUGAGGUACAUGCUAGGAGCUGAUAUAUUUCUUUCUGAGCCACACAAGAAAUCCAAAGCAGGCGAAGAAUUAAAUCAGAAAGAAUCUCGAGGCUCUGAGGCACUCUGUAUGUUAUCACCGUCUUCAAAAAUGAAGGAAGGAAGACUGAUGAGCAAUAUUAAUCAGUUAGAGAAUGCAUACUUCUCUAUGAGGUCCCAAAUUGAGCUUUCAGAAACUGAUUCUUCCACACGGGCGGAUAUAGAUUUACUAAAUAAAGCACAAAAUGAGAACGAGGAGCCACUUCCAAAACAAAAAACUAUUGACCAUCGCCUCGGGUCAUUUUUUUAUGGGCUGUGCAAGUAUGCCCGCUAUGAUAAGCUCGAAUUACGGGCUACAUUGAGAAGUUCAGAUCUACUUAAUUCUUCGAAUGUAAUUUGCUCUUUGGGUUUUGAUCGGGAUGAGGAAUACUUCGCGGCUGCUGGUGUAUCAAAGAAGAUCAAGAUCUUUGAGUUCAAUGCCCUUUUAAAUGAUUCAGUCGAUAUUCACUAUCCGGUAGUUGAGAUGUCAAGCAAAUCUAAGCUGAGUUGUGUUUGUUGGAAUAAUUACAUCAAGAACUAUUUGGCUUCAACUGAUUACGAUGGUGUUGUUCAGCUAUGGGACGUAAAUACUGGUCAAGGGAUUUUUCAAUAUAGAGAGCACGAAAAGCGGGCUUGGUCUGUUGACUUCUCUAAAGUAGAUCCUACAAAGUUAGCCAGUGGAAGUGAUGAUUGUGCUGUAAAAUUAUGGACCAUAAAUGAGCAAAAAUGUAAUAGCAUAAUCAAGAGUAUUGCCAAUGUCUGCUGCGUCCAGUUCUCUGCUCAUUCGACUCAUUUGUUGGCAUUUGGUUCUGCUGAUUAUAAGACCUACUGCUACGAUCUUCGGUAUACAAGGAUACCAUGGUGUAUCUUGUCUGGGCAUAGCAGAGCUGUCAGCUAUGUUAAGUUUUUAAGUCCAGAUACUAUAGUUUCUGCAUCCACUGAUAACACCCUCAAGCUUUGGGACCUCAACAAAACAAGUUCCGAUGGGGAUUCUACCAGUGCUUGCAGCUUAAGCUUUAGAGGUCAUACUAACGAAAAGAACUUUGUUGGCUUAUCUGUUUCCGAUGGAUACAUAGCAUGUGGCUCAGAAACAAAUGAGGUUUAUUCUUACUACAAAUCGCUUCCCAUGCCGGUCACUUCACACAAGUUUGGUUCAACUGAUUCUGUAACUGGCCAAGAGACUGGAAGUGAUGUUGGGCAGUUUGUCGCAAGUGUCUGUUGGCGAGGGAAGUCAAAUAUGCUCGUUGCAGCCAACUCUAUUGGAAGUAUAAAAGUGUUGGAGAUGGUAUGAUAAAGAAAUGAAAAAAGAACAGCAAUCAGCACUCUUGAGGAAAUUCUUAGUCAGCUUGUGAUUCCAAAAGAUUGGAAAGGUUGAAUGUUUUCUCUGGUAACUCACCGCAAGGGUAGGAUUUUCGGCGGAACAGUGUUCUUCGGGUGAACAAAAAAACCAAUCAACCUCGAUCAGGUGUUCUGAUUUGAGUCUUCCAGAUCUGUAUAAAUACUUAAAAUUAUCACCAACAUUAAAACAUGUCAAGAGUCCGUCACCAAGUGGGAGAUAAAAGUCCUGUUAUGUAUUCGGAGGAUUAAAAACUUGAUGACUUUAGUCGGAGGAUUAAAAAGCAGAAGAUCUGCAACAUACAGGAUAGGCGAAUGCAGCACUCGAUCUUCUUGGCAACAGGAAAGCCUCAGCUCCAAGGUUAAAGUGGUAGAUGAAAUGGGUAGGACUGCAUAGAGAUGUCAAAAGGAGCAUCUGAUUAAUGUCUUUUAGAUAGGCUGUAACUUGGAAGAUUUGUGUAAGCUUAUGUGAUAAGCUACAUAUUUGUACCAGUCUUUUUUUUUUUGAGAGGUUAAUAUAUAUUGAAAAAUCAAAA